AGAAGCAAAAAAAAAGACUCAUUUUUUGAAUUUUGAAGAAGAACAAGUAGAGACAGUGGACAAGACAACCUGGAUUGCUGUUUCCACGCGUUGUUGUUUUCUCUUUGCAUGUUUCGCUCAUCUCAAUGAUUCUCAAUUGAAGAUCAUCAUCAUCAUCAUCAUCAUCAUCAAUCUCAAAAGGAAAGUUGAAGUGAAUUGGAUUGAUGUAAAAUGCAGAGAUCGCGUAAAGCUCUUCAACAAAGAAGAUCUUUAGAGAAGGCUGCAAGUGGGAGAAAUUGUCUUUAUAAAGUUUCUCUGUCUUUGGUUUUUAUUUUGUGGGGAUUGGUUUUCCUCUUCAGCUUAUGGAUAAGUUGUGGCAACGGAUAUGGAGAAAUUCAAGCUUUAGCCUCAUCGCACGGUGCCACUGCGAGAAUAAACACACACAUAGUGAAAGAUGUUUCUGGAGAAUUUCCGGUUGCGGUAUCAAACUGGAACAAAGAUGAGCAAAGGAAGUGUAAAAACGCCAAAUCUGAUGAGGAAUAUUUGACUAAAGAGCUUGAAGCCUGCAUUCCUUCCGAGACUUUCUACUCUGAUGGUUCCAAAACCGAUGAUCUUAUUGGCAACUCGCUUUUCGGUGAAGAAAAUAUAGACGGUUUUGAACACAGUGAUAGAGAAAAGUACAUUCCACACAAUAGAAAGGAACAUGAAGUUGUUGAAAGAUUUGAAUCUUCUGCGAAAAGUGAAAAUGAUGUGCAAAAAUUUGAUCGCUUGUCUGCAGCCGUGCCGCUCGGUCUCGACGAGUUCAAGAGCAGGGCAGUUAGUUCCAAAAUUAGUUGGAGUACUAGUCCAUCCGGAAGUGUAAUACAUAGAGUAGAGCCAGGUGGUGAUGAAUACAAUUACGCUUCAUCAUCAAAAGGUGCAAAAGUGUUAGCUUCUAACAAAGAAGCUAAAGGAGCUUCUAAUAUCUUAACCAGAAACAAAGACAAAUAUCUUCGGAAUCCGUGUUCUUCGGAAGAGAAAUUCGUCGUUAUAGAACUUUCAGAAGAAACUUUAGUAGAUACAAUAGAAAUAGCUAACUUUGAGCAUUAUUCUUCUAAUUUAAAAGAUUUUGAUUUGCAUGGUAGUUUGGUUUAUCCGACCGAUAAUUGGAUCUUUCUUGGAAAUUUUACUGCCUCAAAUGUGAAGCAGGCUCAAAGAUUUGUUCUUCAGGAACCGAAAUGGGUUCGAUAUCUAAAACUGAAUCUUCAAAGUCACCAUGGAUCAGAAUUUUACUGCACAUUGAGCAUGGUUGAAGUUUAUGGCGUUGAUGCUGUUGAGAAAAUGCUUGAGGAUUUGAUUCAUGCUCAAGAAAAUGGUGAAAAGAAGGUAGAAAUAGCAACGUCUGAUCGUAAGUCGUUUGAGGACAAUGACGACGAUGUUUGGAAAAUCAAUUCUUACACUACAGAAAUUUCUUCUUCUAAAGAUGAAACUGUAAAUAGAAAUGUCCCUGAACCGAUCGAAGAAACACGGCAACAAGUUGGCAGGAUGCCGGGGGAUACUGUCCUCAAGAUUUUGAUGCAGAAAGUUCGUUAUCUUGACUUGAAUUUAUCGGUUUUGGAGCAGUAUUUGGAGGAUUUAAAUUCUAGAUAUGUUAACAUUUUCAAAGAGUAUAGCAAAGAUAUAGGAGACAAAGAUAUAGUUCUACAGAUGAUCAAAGAAGACAUUAGAAGCUUCAUUGACAGACAAAAUAAUAUGAUGAAAGAUGUUAGCGAUCUUGAUUCUUGGAAGUCUCAUUUUUCUAUGCAAUUGGAUCAUAUACUUAGGGACAACGCUGUUCUGAGGUAUGAGGUUGAGAAGGUACUGGAAAACCAAGUAUCAUUGGAAACCAAGGGUGUAUUAGUGUUUUGCGUAUGUGUUAUUUUUUCAUUAUUUGCUAUAUUAAAGCUAUCUCUGAAUAUGAUUAUGAGCAUAUAUGGAGUAUUAAGUUCUAAUAAAGCAAUUAAAUCUAGGAAAUUUUGCCAAGGUAGUUCUUCCUGGUUUAUCUUAUUAUUGAGUUGUAACAUUAUUAUUUUUAUAUUAACUACAUAAUAAUUCACUUUUUAA